AUGGAAAAAAAGUCAGAUUAUGAAAUAUUAAGAAGUUAUGUACUUGAUGGUAAUGAUAAUUUAGUUGGUAAAGCACCAGAAGGAUGUGUUAGAUUAGAAGUUACCCAUUCAGUAUUAUCAGACGAUUUAUUGGGCACAAAUAAUUUUAAAAAUUUCCCACUUGAUAUUAAAAUUAAAGAUUUCAAAGAAAAGUUAUAUAGAUUUGUAGGUACUGAACCAAAAUAUAUGGAAUUAAUAUUAAAAGAUCAAUCAAAAACAAAUGAAAUUUCAAAAAUUGAUAAUGACGAAAAUCUUUUAAGCUUUUAUUCACCAAUUGAUGGUAUGAAUAUUCAUAUUAUCGAUAAAGAUCCAAAUAGUUAUAUUUCAGAAUUACAAGAUACAUCCAAAAUUCCAAAACCAGUUAUCUCUGAAGAGGAUUAUAAUAAACGUGAAAAUACUGUAAAAAAAUAUAGAGAAGAACAAAGUUUAAUGAAGCAACAACAACAAGAACAAGAAGAAAAUUCAGAUCCAUCAGAAUCAAUCAAAGUUGGUGAUAGAUGUAAAGUUUUAUCUGACGAUCCAACAAACUAUGACGAAAGAUUAGGAAAGGUUGCAUUUGUUGGUACAACUGAUUUUAGUGCUGGCUAUUGGGUUGGUGUCGAAUUGGAUUUACCAUUAGGUAAAAACGAUGGUUCAGUUAAAGGUAAAAGAUAUUUCACCUGUUCACCAAAAUAUGGAUGUUUUGCUAAACCAAAGAAUAUUCAAGUUGGUGAUUUCCCAGAGGAAGAAAUUUAA